CCCCAUAUGCAUUAUUCCCUCUGCUUAUCAGCUAGACCGAGUAAUCCUCCUCUUCUCUCCCUCUCUCCCUCAACUCUCUCUCUACAAGCUCUGCAAAAAGAAAGAAACCCAGACUAGAAGCACGGAAUUCAUCGAAAAGAAUGGAUUUUUAAGUAGAAUUAAAAAAAACCCAUAAUCUUUUUCCAAUCCAUGGCAGAAAAUGCAGCCGCUUCGCCUAAACCUCUCCCUUCUCAGAAUACAGUAAUAGACCCAUCGUCACAAGCAGCAACCUUAUUGAACACUAACACGACAACCUUAACACAGACACAAACACCAAACGUAUCCAAUUUACCUCAAAACACACAAAUCUCUUCCUCUUCUUCACUUGAACACUCCCAAAUCCCUGCUUCACCAUCUCUCCCGUCGCAGCAGCAGCAGAAUGUCACAGCAAUGUCAGGAUAUCAAAUCCAACAAACCCUUCAAAGAUCUCCUUCUAUGUCGCGCUUGAGUCAAAUUAACCAACAACAACCGAACCAAUACGGUGGCGUUUUGAGGCAGCAACAACAACAGGGCCUGUAUGGGCAGAUGAAUUUUGGCGGGUCUGCUUCAAUUCAACCGAAUUCACAGCAGAAUCAACAACUGGGUGGGGCAAAUUCGUCUCGCUCAGCACUUCCCGGCCAAACUGGGCACCUUCCUAUGUUGACCGGGACAGCUGCCGCCGCUGCUCAGUUGAACUUGCCCUCACAGUUGCUGGCUUCACCAAGGCAGAAAGCUGGGUUAGUUCAAGGGUCUCAGUUCCAUCCUGGUAAUUCUCCGGGGCAGUCUUUGCAGGGGAUACAAGCAAUGGGAGUGAUGGGAUCACUAAAUAUGGGUUCACAAAUAAGACCUAAUGGGGCACUCACAUAUGCUCAACAGCGAAUAAAUGCAGGGUCACUGAGGCAGCAACUUGUGCAACAAAAUCCGCUCACCUCUCAGGUUCAAAGUCUACAAAGGACACCAUCAAUGGCAUAUAUGAAUCCUCAGAUGUCAGGGCUGGCUCAGAAUGCACAGCCAACUAUGAUGCAGAACUCUCUGUCACAGCAACAGUGGUUGAAGCAAAUGCCAACAAUGUCUGGUUCUGCCUCACCUUCAUUCCAUCUUCAACAGAGGCAAUCACAGGCUCUCAUACAGCAGCAAUUGGCUUCAUCUGGUCAACUGCACCAGAAUUUGAUGGCACAACAGUUAUCCCAACUGGUACAGCAGCAGCCCCAAAUGGGACACCAACAACUUCAUCAGCAGAAGCAGCAACUACUACAGCAACAGCAACUGCAGCUGCAGCAGCAGCAGCAGCAGCAGCAGCAGCAAUUGCAACAAGUGCCUCUGCAUCAGCAGCAGCAGCAGCAACAACAACAUCAACAACAACAGCAAUCUCCAAGGAUGCCAGGACCCACAGGCCAGAAAUCUCUUAGUUUGACAGGAUCACAGCCAGAUGCAACAGCAUCUGGUACAACUACACCAGGGGGAAGUUCGAGCCAAGGAACAGAAGCAACAAAUCAACUUCUCGGGAAGAGAAAGAUACAAGACUUGGUUUCACAGGUGGAUUCACAUGGAAAGCUAGAUCCUGAUGUUGAAGAACUUUUUCUGGAAAUUGCUGACGACUUUAUUGAUUCUGUGACCACAUUUGCUUGCAGUUUGGCUAAGCAUCGGAAAUCUUCAACUUUAGAGUCCAAGGAUAUAAUGCUUCACUUAGAGAAAAACUGGCAUUUAACCAUCCCUGGAUUUUCAACGGAAGAGCAGAAGCACCAAAAAAGACCUUUGCCUAGCGAUCUCCACAAGAAGCGUCUUGAUAUGAUUCGUGCAUUGAUGGAGUCCUCUCAGUCUGAAGGAAAUAAUAUCAAUCCUAAAGAGAUGUUAAGACAAGGGCUUGGCAACCCAGUUGUUACCAAUCACUUGAUAAGACCUUCACCAAGUUCAGAGCAGAUGGUUUCACAAUCAACUGGUUCUCCAAUGGUGCAGCAGAUUACACGGUUUUAAUUGAUAUAGGUUUUUGUUUCUGAUAUGGACUCCAUUCUGUUGAAUUUAACUCGCUAUACUUUGCUGGUGAGAAUUUAAUGUUUUAUAUAAUAUGUAGUUAUCUACCACAAAAAAAGGGGGGGUGGGGUGUGGGUGUGGGGGCCUUCCUGCCAUGCAUUUAUACAUACGUAGUUUGGAUGGACUACAUGCACUGAAAUAAAAGAAUUAAUGUCAAUUUAGAGUAUGAGAUUUACAGUAUAGGCAGAUUGGAGAUAUCCUGGGAGUCUGGACGGAAGAGGUUAGUAUGUGGUGUUUGGGGUGGGUGUUGUUCUAUGAUGUCUUUUCAAUGUCGGUAAAGGUUGGUAUAUAGCUUGCUAAGAAUGCAGGCAAGAGAUGUCUGGUCGCCUCGCAUUGUCCUAAUGACAAGAACCAAACACGGGUCCAGAAAGAAAAUCAGUGCAAAAAAUCAUUAUGGAAUUUGUGAUAUAAUGCAGGGAAGGAUGUGCCUUUUUUCAUCAGUGUCUGUGUUACUGUGAUUUUCUGAUUUAAUAGAAUGCCUAAAAUCAUGUUAGUUUUGAAUAAUAUGCAUAUUUCUUCUUCACCACCACCACCACUGUUAUUUUGGAUUUGAACGUGAAUUUGAAUGUAAGAAUUAGCUGCAUUUUUCACUGAUAAAAUUUGGCAUGUGAGAGAGAUGGGUUUCAUUUCUUGCAAGGUGCAUUACUGUUACUACAUUUGUCUAGUACGUACCAACUUCACAUGGUUUAAGGGUAUAGUUUGACUAAAUGGUAUUUACUAUUUCUGCGAGCAUUUUAGCACCUGUGUUCCUACUUUCCUAACCUUUUAAUCACUUUGUUCCACAGUUUGAUUUGGCAGAAGCAAAGCUGUAGUUGGAUAGAACGCAAGCAAAUCUGUAAAUUAUUUGGAGUGGUAGAUUCUUAAAUGGCUGCAGAGAUUGCACCAGUGGACAGUCUAAUUUAUUAUAGCUAUUUUUUUUUUAAUUGUGUAUGAUCAUUUGAUUUGUGUUUUAUUUCCUUUUCUUUUGGGGGGUGGCCUUGGGCACAAAUGAGAAGGUGUAGGAUUUUUGUGAAAUUAGUUCCUCUGCCUGCUUUCUUGCAGAAGGAGACUUCAAUAUUUAUCACGAAAGGCAUUCUCUUAAAUUCAGGAUUUGGUGAACUUGUAUCUCAUCACAUUGUUGGGUUAAUGCUUGCUCGUGGAUGGCUUUAAACCACUCAA